CAGAGGAAGGAAGUGAAGCAAAGUGAGGGAGAGGUCCGCACCGCCGCCGUUAUUCAGUGAAGGAGCCGAGGCCGACGGGUGCUCUCCAUCCGCGUCUCAACAACAGGCCGUUUCCACACUUGUGAAUGACAAUGAACAGGCCACUGAGCCAUUGACCUUCUCGUAACAUUCCUGAAAAUGCCCUAUGCGUGUUGCUUUGAGCUAGAAGAUGGCGGAGUCGGACGGCGGGGAUUUUGCUUCGCAGUAUCCACAGAACAGUAUGGCUAACAAGAAUAGCACCCUGCGCUGUUCAUUCUCGGCCCCAAGCCACAGUGCCACCCUCCUCCAGGGCUUGUCGUUUUUGCGGUCUCGGGGCCAACUCCUUGACGUCGUGCUUGCCAUCAACGAGGAGCGCUUCCAGGUUCACAAAGCCGUGCUGGCCGCCUGUAGUGAUUACUUCAGAGCAAUGUUUACCGGAGGCAUGAGGGAGUCAAGUCAAGAUACCAUUGAGCUGAAGGGUCUGUCUGCCCGUGGUCUGAAGCAUAUCAUUGACUUCGCCUACAGUUCAGAGGUCACAUUGGACCUUGACUGUAUUCAGGAUGUCCUUGGAGCUGCUGUCUUUCUCCAGAUGGUUCCAGUCGUGGAGCUCUGUGAGGAGUUCCUCAAGUCAGCGAUGAGCGUGGAGACCUGCUUGCACAUCGGUCAGAUGGCCACAACCUUCAGCCUGUCUUCCCUCAAAGAAUCGGUGGAUGCCUUCACCUUCCGACACUUCCUCCAAAUUGCAGAGGAGGAGGAUUUUUUGCACAUUCCUAUGGAGCGCCUUGUCUUCUUCCUGCAUAGCAACAAACUCAAAAACUGUAGCGAGAUUGACCUCUUUCACGCUGCCAUCAAGUGGCUCAAGUAUGACGAGUCACGUCGGGCUCAAGCCAGCAGCGUCCUCUGCCACGUGCGCUUCCCCCUCAUGCGCUCCUCAGAGCUGGUGGACAGUGUUCAAACUGUGGACAUCAUGGUGGAGGACGUGCUGUGUCGCCAGUUUCUCCUCGAGGCCUUCAAUUAUCAGAUUCUUCCCUUCCGGCAGCACGAGAUGCAAUCUUCUCGUACGCUCAUACGCUCUGACGUCAUGUCACUCAUUACCUUUGGCGGGACGCCGUACACUGACAAUGACCGCACAGUGAGCACCAAGGUGUACCACCUCCCCGACAUCGCCUCCCGACAGUUCAAAGAGCUUACAGAGAUGGAGCCGGGCUGCAGCCACGCUUGUGUCUCAGUGCUUGAUAACUUUGUGUAUGUUGUGGGUGGACAGCACUUGCAGUAUCGCAGUGGUGAGGGUGCAGUUGACAGCUGCUACCGCUACGACCCGCAUCUCAGCCAGUGGCUGCGCAUCCAACCCCUGCAGGAGGCCCGGAUCCAGUUUCAGCUCCAUGUUCUUCAUGGGCAGCUGUAUGCCACUGGGGGGCGCAAUCGGUCUGGCAGUCUGUCAUCUGUAGAGUGUUACUGCCCUAAGAAAAAUCUGUGGACUUAUGUGGAGCCAUUAAAACGUAGGAUUUGGGGUCAUGCAGGGACACCAUGUGGAGGAAAACUGUAUAUAUCAGGGGGUUAUGGGGUCUCACUGGAAGACAAGAAAACACUCCACUGCUACGACCCAGUUUCAGACCAGUGGGACUUCAGAGCUCCCAUGAAUGAGCCCAGAGUUUUGCAUGCCAUGAUCAGCACCGGAGGUCGAGUGUAUGCUCUGGGCGGUCGCAUGGACCACGUGGACCGUUGUUUUGACGUGCUAGCAGUCGAGUAUUACAUUCCAGAAAAUGACCAGUGGACCACCGUCAGCCCAAUGAGAGCCGGGCAGUCCGAGGCGGGCUGCUGUUUACUGGACAGGAAGAUCUACAUCGUAGGGGGCUACAACUGGCAUCUUAACAACGUCACAAGCAUCGUGCAGGUGUACAACACGGACACAGAUGAGUGGGAGAGGGAUUUGCACUUCCCAGAAUCCUUUGCUGGCAUUGCUUGUACACCAAUAAUAAUUCCACAAAACACAACGCAACACUAACCAUCCGACCUGUGACUGUGAAGAUUUCAUUCCAUGUGCUCUUUCUGCCGACCCUGAGUCAACACAAAGUGUGAAUAUUAUGUAAGCUACUGUGUGUGUGUGUGUGUGUGUGUGUGUGUGUGUGUGUGUGUGUGUGUGUGUGUGUGUGUGUGUGUGUGUGUGUGUGUGUGUGUGUGUGUGUGUGUAUGUACUGUAUGUGUGUGUGUGUGUGUGUGUGUGUGUGUGUACUGUAUGUGUGUGAGUGUGCUCAUUCAUUUGAGGAAACAACUGUAAAAGUAACCAAGCACAAUUAUUUCCUACCUGUCUCACAUUCAUUAGCUAAUCCUCUCCAAAUGAAGUGUAAAAACACGAGCAUUAACUACAUUUUUAACACUUUGUUUAGUCCAUAGACGUUUUGUAAUGUCACCGGUCAAGGGCUUAUGUUACAGACAGCACAAGUCAUCCUGGAAAUCUCCAUUUUGACUGAAAGUCUUGAGUUGUCUUGUGUGUUUGAAAAGGUGUUAACCAACUCUACCUUCUAUAUUGUUAGACAUUUUGAUUGUACCAUUGUGAAUGUUUUAGUUUUGUUUGCUUCUUUUUUCCUUUUUUAUGUUUCAGACAAUCGAGCUGAAGGAAAAUCUUUCUCUUUAUGUCUCCUUAUUUGAAAUACUUAACAAACCACUUAUUAAUGCACAGUAAUGACUGCACAAAUAAACACAAGCACUUUGUUGUGCUGUUUAAUUUAAAGUAAGAUUUGGAUGUUGACGGGCUCUUUUGUUUUUCACAAAUAUAGUGUUUUUCUGAAUCAAACCGUAGCUCACUAAGUGUUAUCUCAGUCAACAUAACAAAUCAGUGUGGACCUCUUGAGGCAGCUACAUGACCUAUUCAUGUGGUGAAAUGCCAUCGUGUGCUGCUGUAUGUCAGAGAAGUGCUACAUCAUGCGUACCACACAUGCUUAUAUUCUUGUAUGAUGGUAAUACAGGCGGUUUUCUAUUUUCCGUGGAAAAUAGUACUUAAUCUGUCUGUUUGCAGUGUUUGAAGCAGGCUCCUGUUUUUAUUUUUUUGGGCCAUUUCUGCACUUUUCAAAACAGUAUUUGUCAGAACAUGAUUCUGAUUUGGGGGUGCAUGGAAAAAUCAAGCUUUAAGUUCUUAUUUUUCCUUUAAGAUGCAACCAUCUGUGCUGUUGGGGAGUGUCCGUUUUUAAACUGUCACUUGUUUGCCUUAGUGUGUGUUUGUAUUGUUGUGACUGUACAAGGAAAAGCACAUGCUAUCAUGUUGAAGUGCAAUAUAAAGGAUAUCGCUUUAGUCAUACGGGAAUGUACAAGAUCGUGUAUGUGCAUCCUUUAUUAAAAGUGUGUCUUGUUUUAAAAAA